UUACUUGACCGUGGUUCUUCGAUCACUCGCAUUCUGAUUGGUCUCUGUGUGUUCCCAGGUCUCCGCUCUACGCAGCUGGUAUCCGGCCGCAAAAGCGUUGCUAGGAUACAUUGCAACAAAUGUGUCCAUCGUUACUGGAUACAGUCCUACAGAAAACAGUCCGUCAAAGGCACUUUUUUUUUUACACAACGACGUUGUAAAACUGUCUAGUGACAAGAAAAGUGCCAUGCAACUUUGUGAGCUCUGAAUGCUCUUUUUUAGAUUCAUACGAUUGAAACCAAAAUACAUUCAGAUCAAAUGGAAACUGCGACUGUUGUCCGGUUUGGUCGAAGGAGUGGGUCCAGCAAAACAACGCUAGCAGUUGAGGAAAAAAAAGCAAUGCAACCACCAGAUCUUCGGCAAGUCACUGUUUUGCCCAAAGCCGAAUGGCUCCGAAUUCAAGGUAGUUUGAAUCAAGGGAAUAAAUACAACGAGAGUCUAAAGGAAGCAACCAAACAACGAGAAGCUAUGCACCUGAGGUCCAAGGAGGUGGUAAAAUUCUGGUCUAACACAAUAGCUGGACAAAGACAAAAGAAACUGGAGGCAAAGAGGAUUCGGGAGGAACUUGAAGAAGAUGAGAAGAAACAGAUGGAUAUUGAGGAGGCUAAAUAUCAGGCGCAAAAGAGGAAAGAAGCUAUUGAAAAGGCCAAAACUCAACAGUACUACGAGACUGAUCGUGUGAAAGGAUUUCAUCGUGCACUCUUGCUGACAGAAGUCCUGAAGGAAAGGGAGGCCCAGAUAGAACUGAAGCAGAGAAAGCAGGAUACCUCCAAAGAUGUGGACAAGGAAAUCAUGGCUAUCAUUAAGUGUAGAGAGGAUGAAGCUUUGCAAAAGGAGCAGCAGAAAGCUUUGCAGAGGAAGCUUGACAUCCAGGCCACAGCAGAAGACUUAAAACAGCAGGCAAAGGAACAUGAGAUGAAUAGAGAACGGGAGAAACUGGAAAACAAGAAAGAGGCAGAGGAACUCCAGCGACUAAAAGAGCUUUUUCUGUGGGAGCAAUGCAUGCAGGAGCAAAAGAAAGAGGAGCAGAAGAGAAAUACCAUGAAAGCUCACAUGGAGCAUCUCUCUAACAGAGAUAUCAUUAGAGCAAUAGAGGCACAAAAGCAAGAGAUGGAAGAGGAGCGCAGGAGGCUUUUUGCAAAUGCAAAACAGAAAAUGGUGAAGUUGAGGAAAGACAAAGAGGAAGAGAUGUUCCGAGAGGUCCAAAUGCACAGGGGGGGGAUCAUGAAUGAACUGGCUGCAAAACAGCAGGAGCAGACGGACAAUGAGGAACUCAUCGCCAAGGCUAUUGCUCAACAGGAUGCCAGACAGGCACAGCAGCAGAAGGAGAAAGAUGACAAGAGGAUGGCUAUGCUGGACUCAAUUGCCUCACACAGAGAAGCCAUGAAAGAAGAACAGGAGCAGAAGGAAAGAGAACACAACGAGAGAGCUAUUGACAUGCUUUAUGCCAAGAAAGAAGCAGACAGAAUAUUUAUUGAAAAACAACACCUGAAGGCACUGAAAAUGAAAGAGGAUGGAAGAACUUUACAAGACGUCUACAUUCAUCAAAUGGCUGAAAAACGUGCCAAGGAACAGCACAUAAGAAAGCAACAACAGGACUUUGAGACCAAAAAUGCAGAGCUCAUUGCUGUGGAGGAGAAGCAGUUCCAGCAGUAUGCAAACAAUGUGAUCGAUACAGCCACCGAGGCCAAGAGAAAUAUUCACCCACUCCGCAAAGCUGCCAGGGAGGGAAUUGGAGGUGGUCUUGGCCCCAUAUUUGGAGGAGUGAGGCCAAGUUACUUGGUUCAAGAUGACACUGGUGUCCAGAUGCCCAAUUACGUCGGCAGUAGAUCUCAGGACGUCAAAGAGCUGAAUGAGACACGUGAUAUUCAGCAAUCCAAGAAAAGACUUGGAUUCACAUGGUAAACGUCUGUUGAAAAGAGUAACAUGGUCAGGUGAAGCAUGAUUAGAAAAACAAUAAACCAAUGGAAUUCAGCAUUUCCUAAGCAUUUAUGAUAUACCCCCUAUUAUGUAAUUUAUUUCACACUCAAAAAACCCACACUUGAUAGGCAAGUACUUGACUGACCUAGUGGGAUGAUUGCAGUCUUUUCAGCGCUCAAAGAUGAUUCAUCUCAGAAAUAUGGAAAUGUAGAGUGUAUAACUGUCUCUGAAAUUAGAUUUUUAGUUUUGUUAUUUUACAUAAUAUACAUACACACAAUUCAAUUAAAACUAGUGCACAAAUUGGGAAACUGCUGAUAAUUUCUAGCCUGGUCCUAGAUCUGUACCUACAUGACCAAGAUAGUCAAGAGUUGGCUAAAGCACAGAUCUGGGACCAGGACAUAUAGUGCAACGGUUUCAUUUGAAUACAUAAGAUUCACCCAGAUUAAAAUGUGACGUGUCAAUGUUAUCUUUAUAUCUAUUGUAUCAGUUGUCACUCUGUGAAACAUUAUAAUAAACAAUCUAUAGGCAAUAAAACAAACAUUUUAACCAUAUCCUUUUAUUUUAAAACAUGGUUCAUUGGGGAAUAUUGAAUUCGGCCCGUUUUUACAAAGCCAGUGGUUUUCAUUUAUAGUUUAAAGGAAAGUCAUGCCCAGGAAUUUAACACCUAGUAUGAACUAACAUGGAACUUCACAGCAAUGUAUUUACACAUUGCUCUGGUGAGGAAUUUUAAACAUUUUGAAAGAUGUAAUGGGUGAAAAUCAGAACAUAAAAUACUAACAAAAAUGGAUACAAUUAUACAAAACUAAUUUGAGACUGAGGUCAAGAUAAAAAGUUCUGGUUCCCUGAAACAGGUAAAAAAAAAAAAAAAAAGAACUAAACGGUAUACGCAUCUAACACCCCAAUCAUUUCACAAAAUGUCUGCACUCUUACCUGUCUUUCAAGUCAAAUUGAGCCUUCUGACAUCUCCACUUAAAUAUCAGCAUACUAAAAAGGAAAGUUUUUUUUUUUUUUUUUUUU